AUGGAGACGGCGGAUUUAGUCAAGAGUCUUCUCAAGGCCGAUGAGGAAUGCCGUGUGCUCCGGGAAAGGGUGGCACUGCUGGAGAAGACGCAUCGUCUCAGAGAGCGGGACGCACGAGCGUUAACCGCGACCCCUUCGGAGGUCGCUCCUGAUUCGAAGAAGACCAAGGCCCGCACGCUCAAUCUUCCGCUUGAGGCGGUAAGUAUGUUGAGUUCCAAGGCUGGGGAUAUCAACGUGGUGGUGAAGGAGCAAAAGAAGCUGUUGGAGGAACUGAAACAGCUUCAAACAAUCCUGGAAAGCUCUGCGGCAGAUACAGUGAAGGCAAAUGAGCUCAACGCGCAGCUAAAACAAAGCAUUGGGUACACUGAGGGUGAAACCAUUUAUCACUUACAGGAUGCAAUUAAGGAAGUUGCUCAAAUAAAUGGUCUGAAAAAUGAAGUUCUUCAGCUGCUCAGCGCUCGUGAAGCCGUGCAGGCAACUUUGAAGCGGCAAACGGAGCACAUGCGGGCGUAUUUGACUGAGUUGGUUGAUUCCAGGGGUCUCGAUGAACAACGGAAGCAAGCGGAGCAGCAGCUCAAGGAAAAGAGGGCAGAGUUGGAAGGCAUUCGUGGAGAGAUGCAGUCUAUGCAGCGUCUUUUAGAGCGGAAGGAAAAACAACUUGAGAAUGAGAAGCCAGUCGACGAACUACAACUCGCCCAGCGAGCUGAGAACGAACGACGCAUGAUGAUCCACAGGCUGGAAAAGGAAGAGGAGGGUCUUCGACAAAAUGAGAUUUCCAUUCGUCACCGCUCCAUGCAGAUUACCAAACUUGAAAGGCGCAUCGAGAUGAUAGGCGAUACACUCGGCUGCGAAGAACCUAAUGAAGAGCGCGUUGACGCCGAGACUGUGGAGCAGUUACGCAAAGAAAUCCUUGUCUUGGGGCGGCGACAUCAAAAGCGUGAGGCUCAACAGGAGAUACUUGAUGCCAGUAUCGUGGAUCUGGAUCGUCGGUGCACGGGACUUGUGCGUACAACAGCCAACGUGAAGAAGGAGAUGCAGCGUAUUCAACGGAACCACCGAAAGUACCUAAACCUUCAAAAGAAGGAGCUGGAGUUGGAGCAGGUGACGGCGGAGCAGGAAAUCGGUGAGAUUGAGCGGGAAAUAGAAAUGCUCCGCCGCGUUACUUCCCGCCGUGGACAGAAGGCACAAAAUUCCAGAAUUCAUCAGGUGUAG